GUCAUCGUCCCGCCCCCGCCCCGCACCUUAUUACCGGGGCGGCGGGGGGCUCCUUCAUUCCUUCUCCGCACCGCUCGCCCGCCGUGGCGCGGUCCGCCCGCCGUGCCGCACCAUGGGCAGCCAGGGCUCCAAGGCGGCCAAGGCGGGGGGCAGCGCCCCACCGGCCGGCCACGCCGCCGCCACCGAGCCCGCCAAAGCAAACGGGCAGGAGAACGGCCAUUUGAGGGUGAACGGGGACACGACGGCCCGGGCGGGGGGUGAAGCGGCAGCACCGAACGGGAACGGCUCGUCCGAGCCCCUCGAGGAGGAGGAGAGGAGGAAGAAGGGCGAGUCAGGCAGCGGGGACGCCAUCGAGCCUGCUUCUCCUGCCGAGGCGGGGGAUGCUCAGCCCGAGGGGGCCGCGGCCGCCCCCCGGGACACCCCCAAGAAGAAGAAGAAGUUCUCGUUCAAGAAAUCCUUCAAGCUGAGCGGGAUCUCCUUCAGGAAGAACAAGAAGGAAGCCGGGGACUCGGCGGGCUCCACUCCCUCGGAGGAGCAAGGCCAGGCCGGGGAGAGCCCCGGCAGCGCGACCGACGGGACGGAGUCCCCGGCUGCCUCCGGCGAAGGGGCGGCGGCGGCGCGGGGCGGACCCGUGGCGGGCACCGAGCCCGGGGGAAGCGGGGAGGAGAAGCAGCAGCAGCCGGAGGAGAGCCCCGGCGCCGCAGCCGAGCCAGGGGAACCCUCAAAACCUGCGGGGCCUGAGCCUAUAGCAACCGCGGCAGAGCAGGAGGAGGAGUAGAUCCCGCUUGGAAUGUCCCAACCCCGGGAACGUCACGGACUCGCUGCCUCCCCCCCACACCUCCAUCCCACCCAAACUGAUGCGGCUUUUCAAAACCAACCCCCUCCCCGAGUGAUUCCUUCCCAUCUCCAUUAGAGAGCUAGUUUGGAUUCCCACCACCGUCACUACAACUUGGAGUAGUUCUACCUGAAUCCUUUACAACGGUGGAGGGAGAUUAACCUGGACGUAACUGGAAUUACAGUUUGUGAUCACUGCUGGCUCCCAGCCACCUUCGAAGCCCAGUAACUGUUCAACGGAUCCUUUUUCUUCUCUCUCUCAGUUUACAUUCCUGGUUCUGACUUUAAAUGAAAGUAUUUUGUGCUUUUUUUUUUUCCUAGAAAUCAAUGGCUUAAGAGCUAACCUGGUUAGGUUUUUAUAACAUCUUACUCUUGGCUUAAAACCAUAAAGCUUGUAAGUCUGCUGUGUUUAAUUCUGCUCUGGGGGUGUGGGGUGGAUGGGGGGAGGGACCUGCAGCUGUAAAUUGUGAAGCAAUGUUGGGUUUCUCUGUAAAUAAUUUCUUUUUUUAAUGGCCAAAACACUUGAUUUGCAUUUUUCUAACUUCUAAAAAGAAAGAAAAAAAGCUGUAUGGGUUUUCUUGUAACAUUUGAAAGGAAUAAAUGGUGACCCCUUCA